AUGGAAGCUAAAGAGGUUAUUGAAUUGGUUAAGGAUUUAGAGAAAGGUAAAAAUGAUGAUAGUCAUGUUUUAAAGAUAUUGCAGACUCUGGAUAAGGAAGUUGUUGCAACCGAGAAGUUGUUGAGGGAGACUAAAGUUGGUGUUGAAGUUAAUAAAUUUAAGAAAUCUAGUAAUGUUGAAAUUUCGAAAUUGGUGAGGAAAAUGAUUAAUAGUUGGAAAGAUGCAAUUAAUAGAAGUAAGAAGAUAAAAUUGCAGCAAGCUCAAGCUAAUAAUACUAAUGGCAGCGGCGGUAGUGGUUCUGGUGCUCAUAAUUCCGGAUCUACCGUUGAUUCUAACGUUAGUGGUGGUUCUGGUGCUAGUGAUGUUUCACCUGAUGGAAAUGUUAGUGGUUCUUCUGAUACUAGAAAACAAAUGAAGUACGUUAGCACCGUCCCAAGAAAUGCUAAAAACGAUGGUGUCGAUACUAAUAUUUAUAACCAUAAACUUCGUGAUAUGGUUAUUAAGGCAUUCUAUGAUGCAUUAGCAAAAGGAAGUGAACAUCCACCAAAAUCAAUAUUGGCCACUUGUAAAAGUAUUGAAGAAGAAAUGAAUAAAGCCUAUGAUUGUGAUAGUAAUGAAAAGAGUUACAAAGAAAGAUACCGUGUAAUAUACUCUAAUAUCAUUUCCAAGAAUCAUCAAGAUUUAAAACAUAAAAUUAAUAAUGGGGAUAUCACUGCAGUAUUCUUAGCUAAUUGUGACACCAAAGAAUUAGCUCCUGAACAUUUGAAACAAAAAAUGGAGGAAAUUACAAGACAAAACUUAUUUAAUGCCCAAGGUGCCACUAUUGAAAGAUCCGUCACAGAUAGAUUCACUUGUGGUAAAUGUAAAGAGAAAAAAGUAUCAUACUAUCAAUUACAAACAAGAUCUGCGGAUGAACCUUUAACAACUUUCUGUACCUGUGAAGCUUGUGGUAACAGAUGGAAAUUCUCAUAG